AGUCGCGCGGCACGCGGCGCACCGUACGCGGUAGGGUAUUAUUUCGCGUCGUAUUUUCCACGGUGCAAACGAACACUGCCUUUUAUUUCAGUAUUCGCAACUAUUGUCAAAACCGAUUAGCGUGAUCCGUGAACAUAGUUGGUUUUCACGCUAACUCGGUAAGAGAUCAAAGCUGUAUCCUAAAAAUUUCAUUCGUACAAAGGGACAUUGACAAAAGCAUCAGAACGGGAAUCAUUGUUGAUUGACGGAGGAAAUUUGAAUAGACCAACGGAAAGGAAAGAGGAAAAGACGGCUGUCCAAGUAUCGACAAAAAUAACAUUCGAAUGAAGCACGUUGCAUUGAGAAGAAGGGAACUUUCUGCAGGACAAAGGGCAAGAACAAAGAAGGGGAAAGGAAACGCGCACCAGCCUUCGACAAAUAUACCGGAAAUUUAAACGUGCGAGGGAUUCCAUCAACUUCGAUCGACCUUGAGCCAUCUUGCCAUUAAAGAAACCGCAAUCAUGAUACACCGUGGAAACGUACGAUCGAUACAUUGCAUCAAACCGGAAAUGCGUCUCGCUUCUUUUACAAAUAUAUUUCAAUUGCCUUAUCGAUCGCCGAUUUGAAAAGUCGGCGCGGCGGAUGGACGUGGUAGCAGCUGGAAAGUCCGAACACGGAGGAAAGAACGAACUGGGAAUCCGUCGUCAUCGGCGUCGACGCCGACGAAGAAAACGACAACGGAAGAAGAGCGAGACGCGUCACGGCGAAUCAACAGUGGUUUUGGAAUCGUGCAAGCGAGAGGAGAAAAAAAGAAGAUUACUUGGAACGCGUCUCUGUGUUAGCCGUUAGCUGGUGCUCCCUUCUCUUUUUCUCUUUUAACUCGUCAAGGCGUUAGUUUUUCCACGUUCGUCUCGUCAAACCAAACUGUUUUCUGUUUCUCCUUCUUCUUUCUUUUUUUUUUUCUUUUUUUUUUCUUUUUUUAAUAUCUCGCAAAGCGAAAACAAGCCAGCCUAACGCGAAUAUCACCACCGAUGUCCGAUUUAUGUCUACCUACGCGUUUCAACGAUCGUAACGCGUGUGCGGUUUGACCUAGUGCAAUUUGGUUAUACGAAAUUUUUUGGUAUAUAAAUCAUCAGAUCGCGGGAGAGAGUGUACUUCUCAUUGUUGGUUGAUUGUUGGUGCAAGUGAGGAUAAAAAUUGGUGUUAGUGCUGUUUUGCUGCGACGAAAGGAUUUUUGGUUGCAAGAUGAUACUACUUGGAACGACUCUGAUGGUGAUGUUCACUGUGAUGGUUACAGGAGCACCGCGAUCUUCGGUGAUCUACGCGGACGACAAAGUGCAAAAUUAUCUCAUGAAAUUUGGAUAUCUACCGCAGACGGAUCUAGAGACCGGAAACCUUAGGACCGACGAUCAGCUUACAGACGCCAUUGAACAUUUACAGAGAUUCAGUGGCAUUCCUGUGACUGGCAUUAUCGACGAAGACACGGUGAGGUUAAUGAGACUUCCGCGGUGCGGACUUCCGGAUAAAAUGGACAAAAUGGAUCCUAGAUACGCCAGAAUCAGGCAUAAACGAUUCACGAUCCAUGGGCAACACUGGUUACAUCGGAAUCUUACUUGGAGGUAA